GGAACAAACAUGUUAUUUGAAGUGUGUGGCACUGCAGCUGUCUUUACGCUGUUGAUGUUUCAUACUGCAUACGGACUCUGUGGUGUUCACCAAAAACUUGACAUAGUAAUUCUGUAUGAUGAGUCGUCUAACGCUGGGUACAUUGGUUUUGAUUACCAGCGCCAGUUUAUCGUGGCAUUGGCGGACGCUCUAUACAUAACGUCAAGCGCCACAAACAUCGCUGGUGUGGGGGUCGACGACAAAGCUUACUAUGGCUGGGGACUUCGAGAUUACUUCAAUUCAUCACAAAUUUCUUUAAAAAUGAUGAAUAUGACUAUUUCCAAUGGACCCAAUUCGGAUUUGGCGGAUGGUUUUAACAUGGCAUGGAACACUAUAUUGUCUAAAAAUGCCAGAUCUGGCUACCAAUCCUGGAUUAUUGCUAUAACUGAAAAAGGCACUAUAAACUCAACCACAGGACUGGAUGCCGCUAAAGCUGCUGGUGUCAAAGUAGGAAUUCUAGGAGGGGACCCCGCCAGUAGCUAUACAACCAUUGCUUCUGAUUUGACUUAUAUCAUAGGUUCAAUGGCAUGGUCCGCACUUGUGAGUUAUGUACCGACAGUGGUCCAAUUCUUUUGUAAUUUAUACUGUGAAGAUUUUGAUUUCUAUUACGAUGUGCCAAGCACUAUGAGUGUACGGGCUGACAAUUAUUCCGAUGUGGGGUAUUACUUAGACGGCGUUGAUAUGGCCUACAACAUACAUUGUUGUGGAGCGGUAUCCUCUGUUGAAUUUAAAGCCACAACUUCCGGAACAUUCAAAUUUCAAAUAUGGCGAAAAGAUGUACUUGUGUCGGAGACAUCGAUAUCAGCCACGGGUGGUUAUCAAAGUUAUACAUUUUCACCAAAGCUUGCUGUAGAAAUGAUGGAUGUUGUUGGAUGGUAUUCCCCAGGAGUAAAUCCUAUUGGAAUUGCUACGAGUUGUAACGGAACUCUGUGUACUUCCUUCACUAGAAGAGCCCCGAGCAUGGGAACAGUGGCAGUAGGGUCUACCUAUUCGUGGGCUAGUGCAAUCAAUCUGCCAGAUACGGCUUUUGCUAUCAAAUUUACGAUUGUCAAUGUUACAGCUCUGACCUUUACAAUGACCUCUCCAGUGUUUAUAUCAGAGACAUUGACUGUGGGGUCAAAUGUCACAACAGUCAGUGUAACUCACGAUACAGGGAUGGAGUUAAUGUACACCGACCCCUCCAGCCCAUACUUUGCCUUCGAUCAAUACACAGGGCUUAUCAGUUUGAUUGGGCCAUUGCCUGUAACGAAUACAGAAACAACUUAUGUUUUAGUAAUAGAAGUCUAUGACACAUGUUACAAUUCCGCAACUGCUACUCUUAACAUAACAUCUUACAGUGUGCCACCAUCAUUCCAUAAUUUACCAACGGAAGUAGAGAUCGGAGAUGACGUCACAGAAGAAACUCUUCUCAUUGUCAUUAAUGCAACGGACGAAUCUGCUCCAACUAUCACGUGUACCGAAACGUCAAUUUUACCAGAAACACAGUUUUUCAGAUUGGAUGACUAUAUGAAUGGAUCUGCAGCCGUAUACCUCAAUGCAGAUUCCCAGUUGGACUUUAACACAGCUGAGGAAUAUAAAAUGUUCAUUACAUGUACCGGAAGUUCAUCUCUGGAAUCCAUUUUGACAAUACGAAUUCUGGAUAAAUCUGUGACUACUCCUUAUUCAGUACCAGACUGGGCGGCGGGGGCCAUUGUUGUCAGCGUCGGUUCUAUGGGUGUCGUCCUCGGUAUGGUCUGCUUUCUGAUUGUCGUCAUUUUGGCAACAACUGACGAAGCUGAAGCACUUCCGCCGGUAGAGGAAGAGGAGACAACAAAGACAGAAGUUGAAGAUAGUAAAAAGAUAUUAAAAAACGUUGAUAAAAAACCUAAGUAUAGAGAGGGCAGAGUGUUUUGAAUCGUAUGU